GUCCAGUUACAGCGCCCUUAACAGUUGUAAAAGUGGUCAGUUUAGUGACUGCAGCUCUCUGGCUAGGUGCGGGACAAAUUAUACUCCUCCACUGCGCGAAGGAUAAGGAAGGGAUGUACACGCGAGCAAGGGGAGAUCCACCGGUAGAGGAGGAUGAGGACUACUUAGAUGCAGACAGAGCCGCCGCCAGACGAGAACGGACCAUGGUUACCACAUCAGGCUCCAGAAAACACUCAUACGAUUUCGAACUGAACCCCAUCAUGCGGACUGACAAGGACCAUGUCGUGAUUAAGGCGGACUUCAAAGGUGACCACAACAACGAUGACUCAGCCACAGACGGGGAACACGAGCCUCCGACAUUCUCCUGCCAUGGCCUAUUGGGCACCAUGCAGGAGCGUUGCUGCUCCCUGCAGCGCUGGAAGAACAGGCUGCCCAUCACCAAGUGGCUGCCACAUUAUUCCCUUCUUGACCUGCACGGCGACGUGGUUGCGGGGAUCACCGUUGCUCUCACAGUCAUUCCUCAGGGUCUUGCUCUUGCCACACUUGCAGGGCUGCCACCACAAUAUGGACUCUAUACAGCAUUCAUGGGUAGUUUUAUGUACACAUUCUUCGGAAGCUGCAAGGACCUGACGAUCGGCCCAACGGCUAUCAUGUCCAUCAUGACUGCCGAGUACGUCAGCCACGGCGGGGGGCCAACCUACGCAAUCUUGCUCACCUUCUUAGCUGGGAUUAUACAGGUGCUCAUGGGAGUCCUUAACCUAGGCUUCAUUGUGGAAUUCAUAUCUGGCCCUGUCAUCAGUGGUUUCACAUCUGCAGCUGCCAUCACAAUAGCCAGCACGCAACUUAAGACCUUAUUUGGAAUGCGCUACAAGGCAGAACAUUUUCUGGACAUAAUAUACAAGUUCUUUACUUCCUUUAACACAAUGAGGCUGGGUGAUUCGCUCAUGGGUGUUCUCUGCGUCGUGCUUCUUCUAGUUGUGAGGCAUUUCAAGGAUGUAAAGUUCAGCCCAGACUCCAGGCUGCCCUGCAAGGCCCGAAAAAUGAUUGAGACUGUGUGGUGGACCCUUGCAACAGCGCGCAAUGCCAUUGUGGUGCUCUUCUGUGCCGUCCUGGCAUGGUACCUGCAGACAAUCAAUAUCAAGCCUUUCGACAUGACCGACGACGUUCAGGGGGGAUUGCCGCCCUUUGCUCUGCCAGAGUUUAGUUCCGACCGCUUCAAUCCUGCCACCAACCAGACGAUCUCUUUGGAUUUCCUCGGCAUUGUUCGAGAGCUUGGUGCUGGAAUCCCAAUAAUAGCUCUCUUGUCAAUUCUGGAGUCUGUAGCCAUUGCAAAAGCCUUUGCAAAGGGGAAAAGCCUCGAUUCUACUCAAGAAAUGAUUGCUAUUGGGAUCUGUAAUAUCAUGGGUUCAUUCGUCAGCUCCUACCCCAGCACCGGCAGUUUUUCAAGGACUGCUAUAAACCACAACAGUGGUGUCCGCACCCCUAUGGGAGGAAUUUUCACUGGUGUGACCGUCAUCUUGUCCCUCUUGUUUGUGGCUCCAUACUUUACCUACAUUCCCAAAGCAGCCUUAUCAGCCAUUAUUAUCACAGCCGUCAUUUUCAUGGUGCACUAUCAGGAUAUUCCUGGCAUGUGGCGGACAAACAAGGUGGACCUUCUGCCCUUCAGUGCUACUUUUAUAAUGUCCUUUGUAAUUGGCUUGGAGUAUGGCAUCAUCAUAGGUGUUGUGAUCUCGCUUGCUCUCCUGAUGUAUGAACAUGCAAGGCCGAGGGUUAGGAUAUCUGAGAAAAUGACUGCUUCCGGUAUUCCAUACAUCUACGUGUCACCGGACCGCAGUGUCCUCUUCCCAUCAUCUAUGUACACAAGCCAGAAGAUCACAAAGGCUCUGCCAGACACUUCUGAGAGUUGCCUCAGGUUUAUCGUCGUCGAUGGUCUUCACAUUAACUCCUCCGACUACACUACUGCUCUGACGUUGAAGACACUGAGCGACACAUUCUCAAAACAGCAAGUCACCCUAAUUUAUACUAACCUGAAGCCAUCAAUAGUUGACAGCGUCAGGGGAGCUCGGCCAUCCCAAUUUCACCACUGCAAGAACGAGAAAGAGCUCGAUGCCCUCAUCACUGCUUGCGUGUCGCAGUGGCGUGGAAAUGGGGACGGCUGCACCACUGACAUUGUUCAAGAUGCACCCUGGAGCAUCCAGUCCGCUCCCAAUGGGGCUGUCAACCCUCAAACGUAGCACUGCCCACACAGCCAGUUUUUGUAAUGUUAAAACGAAUUUAUUACGACUCUGUAAGCAUUUUGUAAAUAGUAUGUACAUAGAACCGCGGUUUCUACAUCAAGUAACCAGGGAUUCAGGGACCAUGAGAGGGAACAAGAGCUUUAUGUGGUGGUUCUUGGUUGCAUGAUGCCAGCAUUACUAAGAGCAUCAAUAGUGCCUUCAGUAUGAGGUCCAGUAGUCCUUGUAGAGCUACAUAUUGUGUAAAUACUCGAUGAAGAAAAAUGUGAGAUGUGUUUGUAAAUGUUGGGUGAAUUAGCAGUUAUGAAUGGGUGCCUGUUUAGUGUGCAUAGAAUUUGGCUCGUGGUGCCUUUUGAGAAGUGCAACAUUAUUUUGUAAUGAAAUUUCUUCCAUGAGACAAGGACUGCCAUUGGUUGUGUCUUAAAACACUUUCUUUGUAUACUUCUGACGAACAAGGAAAUGUUAUGAAAAUGUGUGGUAUCAUGUAAGCACAUUGUGAGGGCAAUCUUGUAUGUGUGAAAGAGGGAAUGAUAUGUAUCAGCAUUGCAUGGUAUCUAUACAGGUAUAAUUUCUCUAGUUUUAUGUGAGAACCCAUGUUCCGGCUUUGUACAACCAUUUUGUAAAGUAAUAUAUGUAUAUACAUAUACAUGUUAUACUUCAAAUGGCGUUACUCUUUUACUCCAACAGACAUGAGCUCAGCAUCCAGGCCAUUGGCAUCUGAUGGCGACAAAAAGAUGUCAUGAAUGGAUUAAAAUGUUUUAUAUUAAGGGUUUAGCCAUCAUCCAUAUUGGUGCCAAGAAGUCUUUUUCAAAAUCAACUAUGUUUCCUGAUAUAGCACUAGUCAGUUGAAUGCAUGUUUGUGUGCUAUAUGCAAACAGGAAUGGAAAUUAUUUAUUGUAACAGCUAAUAAAACAUGUUACAUUUGCUCA